AGCAAUUGUUAUUAUAAUGCAAAAAUCGAAAUAAUUCCGCUGAUCCGUGAUGUAUUUAAUUGUGCGGUACUAAUAAUUGAAAAUCAAUAUCGACCAGUGCCGCUGACCACAAAAUGUAAAUGUGAAGUAUCCUUACCAACUUGAAACUUAAUUGGAUAAACAAAGCAAAUUGACAGAGCCCCAGAUCAGAUAGUAUUAGUUACUAAAUCUACGCCUUUCGGAUUCCACAGACUCCGAGGGCACGUCAUCAUCGGCGACGGUUCGUCGUUGAUUUCCCGAUAAGCUAAACAAAGCCGCCUGAGGAACGGAACUGAAGAACCGCACCCUUAACGAAGACGAAGAAUCAGGGGAACCAUGCCGAUACUAUACAGCGUUAUAUCGCGCGGCACCACCGUGCUGGCCAAGUACGCGGAGUGCGUCGGCAACUUUGCCGAAGUGACGGAGCACAUAAUCGGCCGGAUCGGGGUGCACAACCACAAGAUGACCUACACACACGGCGACUACCUGAUCCACUACACCUGCGAGAACAAGCUGGUCUACAUGUGCAUCACCGACAACGAGUUCGAGCGUUCCCGGGCCUUUCUCUUCUUGGCCGAUGUCAAGCAGAAGUUCAUCCAGACCUACGGCCUGCAGGUGGCCACCGCCAUCGCCUACUCCAUGAACACCGAGUUCUCCAAGAUCCUGGCCGACCAGAUGGUCUACUUCAGUCAGUCCCGCGAGGUGGACACCAUUUCUCGGGUGCAUGGACAGAUAGACGAGCUAAAAGACAUAAUGGUUAAGAAUAUAGACAGUCUGCGAGAUCGCGGCGAGAAACUGGAACUGCUGGUCAACAAGACCGAAAACUUGAGCAAUAAUUCCGUUGCAUUCCGCAAGGCCUCGCGAAAUUUGGCGCGGCAAAUGUUCUGGAAGAACAUCCGCAUCUACGUGGUGGUCGGCCUGGUGAUAACCUUCAUUGUCUACGUGAUCGUCAGCAUGGCCUGCGGUGGCCUCGCCUGGCAGUCCUGCGUCUAGGAUGCGCUUUAAAGUUGUUUAUAUUGUUAUAGGCUCAUAACACAUGUAUAUUUGCAUAUAAAAACUCUACGGUACUCUCAUUAUCUAUGUUCUACGUAAUAAAUGUGAAUGUAAACAGGA